AUGAAUUGCAUAGCGUUGCGGGGGGAGGGGAAACCUUGCCAGUCUUUUUUUUUCAAACUUCUGUUUUUUGAUUUUUCGUUUCCCCCUCCCCCUCACCCAGUCUCCCACUCUUGUUUUGAGAAUUUUUAUUAUUUUUGCUCUACCGUUUUGUCCUUUUAUCUUUUUGUCCCUCCUUUUUUCCAUCACCUGCCCUUCCUAUCUGUUUCGCGCACUCGUAUACCUUUUGUUUUUAUUUUACCAUUCGUUGCCGCUUUUUUUAUUGAUGAAAGGAACUCUCAUCCUACGACUCUGGUGUUAUUUUCCUUUUGUGUAAAUACAUCCACUUCUCUUUUUUUUCUGCUUCUGUUUUUUUGGAUGGAUCCUUGGAUUUACUCUGAAUCCCCUUGGGUUCUCGACCCUUCUUCGUUAAAAGGAGGGAUGGGUUGA